AAUCUUUAAAGCGACCGUCGCGCGUAUAAAAUGUCCCAGUACUCAACGGCCGGCAGCAACAUGAGCGCCGUGAAGACGCAGCCACCGACACCCACGAUGGCGAGCAACGACAGCGAGCCCCUGCCGCUGGGCUGGGAGGUGAAGAUCGACCCCCACACCGGCUGGCCCUUCUUCGUGGACCACAACAACCGGACCACCACCUGGAAUGACCCGAGACACGACGGCAGAAAGAUUCGAGAAGUAUCAGCAAAUGGACCCAGCCUAUCAGCAGAAUUAAGCCCUCUGGAGCCUUCAAAGACCUUUGUGAGAGAGAUGAAGCACCCGAUUCUUCGUCCCGGUUAUAUUCCCAUCCCCGUCUACCACGACGGCGCAGAUGUGAGGCAGCAGCAGCAGCAGCAGCAUCCGUGCUACUCCUACAUCCAGCCAGUCGCCGCGCAGAAUGCCAGGACAGAGGCGCCGUCCCAGACGUCAGGGCUCCACCACGGCAGACCUAAAUCCCCCCUGCUGGGACCGUCUGACGUGGAGUGUGGGAAAGCCGGGUCAACAGUUUCACAAACACCAGAGGUCAACACCGCCCCCCAUCACCAGCCGGCGCGGCCCAGCAGCACCGGCCUCCAGCCCGGGUACAUCUCCAUCCCAGUGAUCCACGAGGGAGGAGGGGGCCAGACGACGCCUCACAUGAACCCGUCGUCGGUCUACGCGCCGCGCGUUCCCUACGCUGAACACCAGCAGCCCUUCCAUCGCCUUCAGACCGAGGACUGGCCCAGCUACCCUGCUGCAGUGCAGCCUCCCAGAGAAAGAGCUUCCCCGACCACCUUCCCCCAGCACCGCGACGGGACGGCGGCUCACCUCCCACAUCACGUGAGGAGUCAUUCGCCUGUUAAGAUCCAGGUGAUGGGGGAGAGGCCACAGGCUCCACAGCGUGUGCUGUCAAGAGAACUGCCCCAAAAGACGGAGCUAGAGCAUCAAAGCGUGCAGCAGAAGCCCAGCAGCACGCCGGCUCCUCAGUCGCCGCACGCAGAAACGGACGCCCCGAAGUUCCAGCAGCCGCAGCAGCUCCCGGAUCCUCCACAGCUCCAGCAACCUCAGCAGUUUCAGCAAGCGCCGCCUCAUACGCAGCACGAACUGUCGCCGCAGGCUCAGAAGCAGGAGCCGCCUCAGCACCACAUGGCCGACAUCACAGUUCAGAUACCUCCAAAACCAGAAGCCCACGAGGGACCGGCCGCCCCCGCCGAAGUCCCACCCGCGCCGGCUGAGGGCGAGCCGGCGGCCCAGUGCCCGGUCCACCCGGGGCUGGCUAAGGUGCAGCAGAUCCUUCAGAGAGUGGCUAAACUGGAGCAGGACGUGAGGAGCUUCAGCGGAAAGAAAAACGAUAAGAAGUAUUUGCUACUGGAGGAGCUGUUGACCAAAGAGCUGCUGGCGCUGGACUCCGUUGACCCCGAGGGCCGCACAGACGUGCGGCAGGCGAGGCGGGACGGCGUCCGCCGCGUGCAGACCAUCCUGGAGGAACUGGAGCAGCUGGAGGAUCAGUCCGCCACGGACGGAGACAGUCUGAGACAGAAAGGAGAGCCCAGCAUGAUCAGUGAGAACGUGGAGAUGGCAAAGGAGAUCUCGUAAUGACUCAACCUGCUGAUAAAAGGGGAGAAAACGGGCCUCCUCAGGCUCUCGCUCCUGUUCCUCAACCUACAGCAUUUGUGGAAGUUGCAUGCAUUGAUUCAAAGUGUUGCUAUGUCCAUUCAGCACAUAAUUGAUGGUAGCUCAGUGGAACCGUGUCGUCCAAGCCAUUGAUGUUGCCUCUCUGUCGUUCUGCUAUCCUUUUUAAACGAAGACUGCACUCACCAGUGAGCCGCUGACAACAUUGUUAAGCGUAUUUUCGUUCAAGUACGAGGCCUUUAUGAACACACGGAAGAGACGCGCAAGUAUUUUCCUAAGAAAUUAUAUUUGUAGUUGCCUUUUUGUCUGAUUGAAUACUCUGUGGAGCUUUCCUUAAUCUAGUCGGAAACGCGAGUUAGGCUGUAAAGCAGAAUGCCAGAGUCAACGGAAGCAAAUUCUUCCCAGUGAACGCCAUCUGGCCUGGUUGGAGCUGCUUUGUCACAAAACACAGUGCGUUUGUUUACUUCAUGCUGCUCUAUGGCAUAUUGCUGAUUUUUUGCUGUCUUUGCACUUUGCUGUAACUGAAAAUCAGGGUUCCCUGCACGGUUUUCUCUGUCUAAAUCCCACAUUUCGUCACACACUCAGCCAAUGUCCAGAGUUCUGUGUUUAUGUUUGGUUAAUUUUCACAAUAAA